AUGGCGUCCGUGUACAUACCGGUGCAGAAUUCGGAGGAGGAGGUUAGGGUUGCACUCGAUCAGCUUCCACGUGACGCCUCGGACAUCCUCGACAUCCUCAAGGCCGAACAAGCCCCUCUCGAUCUCUGGCUCAUCAUUGCGAGGGAGUACUUCAAGCAGGGAAAAAUUGAUCAAUUUCGCCAGAUUUUGGAGGAAGGAUCCAGUCCAGAAAUUGAUGACUAUUAUGCUGAUGUUAGAUAUGAGAGGAUUGCUAUCUUAAAUGCCCUUGGAGCUUACUAUAGCUACCUUGGAAAAAUAGAGACAAAACAAAGAGAAAAGGAGGAGCAUUUUAUUUUGGCAACACAAUAUUACAAUAAAGCAUCUAGGAUUGACAUGCACGAACCCUCCACAUGGGUUGGGAAAGAUCAUGAGCUUGCGUAUUUCUGUAUUGUGGGUUUUACUGCUGAAACAUGUCAGCUUUUGUUAGCAAAGGGGGAAGUAGAACAGGCAUCUGCUGCAUUUAAGAUUGUAAUAGAUGGAGACCAUGAUAAUGUUCCUGCUCUUUUGGGCCAGUUGCUGCGUGCGGAGUACCUUUACAUGGACAAAGUGAAGAUUCAACACCAUAUUUUGGUACAGGCUUGUGUUGAGUUCAAUCGCGGACGAUACUCUGAGUCACUUGAGUUGUAUAAGGUUGGUUGUAUGGCCAUAUUCUUUGCUAUUGAGAAGUCAGCUGUGAGACUUGGCAUAGGUCUAUGUCGCUACAAAUUAGGUCAAUUUGAAAAGGCUCAGCAGGCAUUUGAGCGCGUUUUACAUGCAAAAAAUGUUGAGGCUCUAGUUGCCCUUGCAAUAAUGGACUUGCGUACUAAUGAAGCUACUGGAAUCAGGAAAGGAAUGGUAAAAAUGCAGAGGGCAUUUGAGAUAUACCCAUACUGUGCAAUGGCUCUGAAUUAUCUUGCAAAUCAUUUCUUUUUCACUGGUCAACAUUUUUUAGUUGAGCAACUGACUGAAACUGCGUUGGCUGUUACCAAUCAUGGGCCGACAAAGUCUCACUCUUACUACAAUUUAGCACGCUCAUAUCAUAGCAAGGGAGACUAUGACAAAGCUGGGGUGUAUUACAUGGCAUCUGUCAAGGAAGUCAACAAGCCCCAUGAAUUUGUAUUUCCUUAUUAUGGUUUGGGACAAGUGCAGAUAAAGUUGGGCGAUUUCAAAAGUGCACUCUCAAACUUUGAAAAGGUCUUGGAGGUGUACCCAGAUAAUUGUGAGACAUUGAAAGCACUUGGGCAUAUAUAUGUUCAACUUGGUCAAACUGACAAAGGCCAGGACUUUAUUAGGAGAGCUACCAAAAUUGAUCCCCGUGAUGCCCAGGCAUUUCUUGAGCUGGGAGAAUUGUUAAUUCUUUCCGAUACAGGAGCUGCACUAGAUGCAUUCAAAACUGCUCGUACUCUUUUUAAAAAGGGAGGUCAAGAAGUACCAAUUGAAUUACUCAACAAUGUUGGUGUGCUUCAGUUUGAAAGGGGUGAAUUUGAGCUUGCUCAACAAACAUUUAAGGAGGCUCUAGGUGAUGGUAUUUGGAUAUCUUUCAUCAAUGAGGAAAAUAAGUCUUCCAUUGAUGCUGCUACUUCUACUCUUCAAUUCAAGGACAGACAAUUAUUUCAUGACCUUGAAAGCAAUGGUCAUCGUGUAGAAGUACCUUGGGAUAAAGUCACCGUACUUUUUAACCUGGCUAGGUUACUUGAGCAGUUAAAUGAAUCUGGAACUGCCAGCAUAUUGUAUCGCCUUAUCUUGUUCAAGUAUCCAGACUAUAUUGAUGCGUGUUUGAGGCUUGCUGCAAUUGCAAAAGCUCGGAACAACAUUCUAUUAAGCAUUGAACUGGUAUCCUGCAACCUUCUUGCGCUUGUUAAUGAUGCCUUGAAGGUGAAUGACAAGUGUCCCAAUGCAUUAUCUAUGCUCGGUGAGUUGGAGCUGAAAAAUGAUGAUUGGGUAAAGGCAAAAGAAACUCUCCGAGCAGCUAGUGAUGCAACUGAUGGGAAGGACUCAUAUGCCACUCUUUCUCUGGGGAACUGGAACUACUUUGCAGCAGUUCGCAAUGAAAAGAGAAAUCCAAAGCUAGAGGCUACUCAUUUGGAAAAGGCCAAAGAACUUUAUACUAGAGUUUUGAUUCAACAUUCUUCUAAUUUAUAUGCUGCCAAUGGUGCUGCGGUAGUCUUAGCAGAAAAAGGACAUUUUGAUGUGUCAAAGGAUAUCUUUACACAGGUUCAAGAAGCUGCCAGUGGUAGUGUUUUUGUCCAGAUGCCUGAUGUUUGGAUAAAUCUGGCUCAUGUUUAUUUUGCUCAGGGGAAUUUUGCUUUGGCUGUGAAAAUGUACCAAAACUGCUUGCGGAAGUUUUAUUAUAACACAGACUCUCAAAUACUUCUAUAUUUAGCUCGUACCCAUUAUGAGGCUGAACAGUGGCAAGACUGUAUAAAAACUCUACUGAGAGCCAUCCAUUUGGCACCCUCAAACUAUACUUUGAGGUUUGAUGCUGGGGUUGCAAUGCAAAAGUUUUCAGCAUCAACACUACAGAAAGCAAAGAGGACUGCAGAUGAGGUGAGAGCAACUGUUGCCGAGCUGCAAAAUGCUGUUCGUGUAUUUAGUCAGUUGUCUGCUGCUUCCAACCUUCACAUUCAUGGGUUUGAUGAGAAGAAAAUUGACACUCAUGUUGGAUACUGCAACCACUUACUUUCGGCUGCUAAAGUUCAUCUUGAAGCUGCUGAACGUGAAGAGCAGCAAGUACGGCAGAGACAAGAACUUGCUCGUCAGGUUGCAUUGGCAGAGGAAGCCCGACGAAAGGCUGAAGAGCAAAGGAAAUUUCAGAUGGAAAGGAGAAAACAAGAGGAUGAGCUAAAGCGAGUGCAACAACAGGAGGAACAUUUUAAGCGUGUUAAGGAGCAAUGGAAGAGCAGCACUCAUUCAAAACGGAGAGAAAGAUCAGAUGAUGAAGAGGGAGGGACUGGUGAGAAGAAGAAAAGAAAAAGUGGAAAGAAGAGAAAGAAGGAUAAGCACUCAAAAUCACGCUAUGACACGGAGGAACCAGAAACUGAUAUGAUGGAUGAACAAGAAAUGGAGGAUGAAGAAGCUGACGUAAACUACAGAGAGGAACCUCAAACUCUGAUGAAUGAUGAUGGGGAGGAAAAUGCUCAGGGUCUUCUUGCAGCAGCUGGGCUUGAAGAUUCCGAUGCAGAUGAGGAUAUGGCUGCACCAUCCUCAAGCGUAGCUCGACGAAGGCAAGCAUUAUCAGAAUCCGAUGAUGAUGAACCAUUACAAAGGCAGUCAAGUCCGGUAAGAGAAAAUUCUGCUGAUAUGCAGGAGAGUGAUGGAGAAAUCAGAGAGGUGGAUAAAACAAAUGGAGAUGAUGCCAGUGAUGAGGAGAAACAAUACUGA